AUGGGACUCCUCUCUCCAUCGUGACAGGACAGGACACACCACCGACUGUAAACAUGGCGGCGUGCACAGCCAGCGGUCUGUGCUGUUCGCCUCCUUACUGAAGUCCGGAGGAUCCGCACACUCGAGCCAUGGAGACCGAGGAAGAGCAACACAUGACCACGCUCCUGUGCAUGGGCUUUCCAGACCCGGUAGCCAUUCGAAAAGCCCUUCGCCUGGCCAAGAACGACAUCAACGAGGCUGUGGCUUUCCUCACCAACGAAAGCCCCGGACUCGGCUAUGGCUACGAGCCGAUGGAGAGCGGCCCCAGCCCGGGCUCGGGGCAGGGGGGAGACGGCGGCGAGAACAGCGGCAGGACCGGGACGGGCGGUUUUGACCCUCCGCCCGCUUAUCACGACGUGGUGGAGAGCGAGAGGAAUAAUGAUGAGAACGGGAACUGUUCUGGGGGCAGUAUGGAGUUUCCCACCACGAACCUGUAUGAACUUGAGAGCAGGGUGUUCACUGACCACUGGUCAAUCCCUUACAAGAGAGAGGAGUCUCUCGGCAAGUGCCUCAUCGCCUCCACCAGCCUCGCCAGAUUAGGCCUGGCUGAUGCAGAUGAGAACUGUAAGAGGUUCAUGGACAGAUGCAUGCCAGAGGCCUUCAAAAAGCUGUUGACGUCGAGUGCAGUACAUAAGUGGGGGACAGAGAUUCAUGAGGGUAUCUACAACAUGCUGAUGCUGUUGGUGGAACUGGUGGCGGAGAGAGUCAAACAGGACCCCAUUCCUAUUGGCCUCAUGGGAGUUCUGACUAUGGCAUUUAACCCUGAUAAUGAGUAUCACUUUAAGAACCGUAUGAAGGCGAGUCAGAGGAACUGGUCCGAGGUGUUUGGGGAGGACAGCAUGUUUGCGGUAUCUCCCAGCUCCAGCUACCAAAAGGAGCCUCAUGGAUGGCUGGUGGAUCUUGUGAAUCGGUUUGGAGAGAUGGGUGGCUUUAGUGCCAUUCAGAGCAAGCUGAACCAGGAGGAGAUGGAGAUUGGGUGUGUGUCUGCGCUGGUUCAGCCUCUAGGUGUGUGUGCAGAGUACCUCAACUCCAGCCUGGUCCAGCCCAUGUUGGACCCAGUUAUACACAAGAUGAUCACGUAUGUACAGAAUCUCGAAGAGAAAGACCUAAAGGAUAAGAGGUUGGUGAGCAUUCCAGACCUGCUGUCUGCCAUUAAGCUGCUGUGUAUGAGGUUCCAGCGGGAGCUGGUCAACGUGGUGGACGACCUCAGGCUGGACAUCCUCCUGCGGAUGCUCAAGACUCCUCACUUCAGCGCAAAGAUGAACUCCCUCAAAGAGGUGACAAAGUUGAUAGAGGAGAGCACUGUCUCCAAGACAGUGAAGAACGCCAUAGACACUGACCGGCUACUGGACUGGCUUGUGGAAAACUCAGUCCUCUCGAUAGCACUGGAAGGGAAUAUUGACCAGGCACAGUAUUGUGAUAGGAUAAAGGGAAUCAUUGAGCUGUUGGGCAGUAAACUCUCACUGGAUGAGCUUUCUAAAAUUUGGAGGAUACAGUCUGGCCAGUCCUCAACGGUCAUAGAAAACAUCCACACCAUCAUUGCUGCUGCUGCUGUCAAAUUUAACUUUGAGCAGCUUAGCCACCUCUUCAUCCUCAUACAGAAGAGUUGGGAGAUUGAAAGUGAUCGGGUCAGACAGAAGCUGUUAAGUUUGAUUGGCAGGAUUGGCAGAGAGGCGCGCUCUGAAGCAACAACAGGAAAGGUGUUGGAGGUGCUGUGGGACUUGGCCCAUCUUCCCACUCUCCCCACCACUCUGGUCCAGCAGGCCCUGGAGGAGCACUUGACCAUCCUGAGUGAUGCCUAUGCUGUUAAAGAAACUGUCAAGAGGAAUUAUAUCAUCAAGUGCAUUGAGGACAUCAAGAAGAUACAAAUACAGGAGGAAUCAAAGUCUACCAGCGAGACACAGGUCUCUUUUUUUACGGGCUCCUGGGGAAGGAAGAAACCAAGCUCAUGGGCUAAAUCAUCCCAGUUGAGUAAUCCCCAAGCAGUGUGGGUUGUUCCAGCUCUACGGCAGCUCCACGAGAUCACCCGUUCCUUCAUCAAACAGACCUACCAGAAACAGGACAAGAGUAUAAUCCAGGACCUGAAGAAGAACUUUGAGAUUGUGAAGCUGAUCACAAGUUCUCUGGUGUCAUGUCAUCGUCUGGCCGUGUCGGUCGCUGGCUCCAAUGGCCUUUCAGGGUCCACUCUGGUCGAUGGCCGAUAUACUUAUCAAGAGUAUUUGGAAGGGCAUCUGAAGUUUUUGGCGUUCUUUCUGCAAGAAGCCAGUCUGUACUUGGUGUGGAACAGAGCUAAGGAGAUCUGGGAGUGCCUCGUGUCUGGCAUGGACGUAUGUGAGCUAGACCGAGAGGUGUGCUUUGAGUGGUUCACUAAAGGGCAGCAUGAUCUGGAGAGUGAUGUUCAGCAGCAGCUCUUCAAAGAGAAGAUCCUCAAACUUGAGCCUUAUGAGAUUACUAUGAACGGGUUUAAUCUUUUUAAGACCUUCUUUGAGAAUGUGAAUCUCUGUGACCAUCGUCUCAAACGGCAGGGAACUCAACUGUGUGUCGAACGCUUGGACCUCAUUGGGAUGGACUUCAUCUGGAGAAUUGCCAUGGAGUCACCUGACGAGGACAUCGCCAAUGAGGCCAUUCAGCUCAUCAUCACCUACAGUUACAUAAACCUCAACCCCAAAAUGAAGAAGGAUUCAGUGUCUUUACACAAGAAGUUCAUUGCUGAUUGUUAUAAAAGGUUGGAGGCUGCCAGCUCGGCCUUGGGUGGCCCAACCUUGACUCAUGCUGUUACCCGAGCUACCAAGAUGCUGACAGCCACUGCCAUGCCGACAGUUGCCACAUCAGUACAAUCACCUUCCAGGUCUACUAAGCUGGUGAUCAUUGAGAGGCUGCUGUUAUUGGCUGAGCGAUAUGUCCUCACCAUCGAGGAUCUGUACUCUGUUCCUCGCACUAUUCUACCUCAUGGAGCUUCUUACAACGGCCAUCCUGUGACUCUCCACAUCACCUACGAAUCUACCAAAGACACUUUUACUCUGGAGGCUCACAGCAAUGAGACGAUUGGGAGCAUCAGAUGGAAGAUUGCUGAGCAGCUCAGCUGCCCGGUGGACAAUGUGCAGAUAUUCGCCAACGACAGCAUGCUGACGAUGAACCGGGAUCAGAAGCUUCUGAACCAGCUGGGUUUCUCUGAUGAGCAGAGUCUGACGGUGAAGAGCUCAGGAACAGGCACUCCUUCUGGCAGCUCUGCAGACAGCUCUGCCUCCGCCAGCUCCAGCAGCAGUGGAGUCUUCAACUCUGCAUAUGCACUAGAGCAGGAGAAGUCUCUGCCCGGUGUGGUGAUGGCAUUAGUCUGUAAUGUGUUUGAGAUGUUGUAUCAGCUUGCCAACCUAGAGGAGCCCAGGAUAACCCUGAGGGUAAGGAAGUUGUUGCUGCUCAUCCCGACUGAUCCAGAGGUGCAGGAUGCUCUGGAUAACUUUGUGCCAAAAGAAUCCAGCGUCUGGAGCCACCAGAAAACAUUGUUCACAUUGGGUUCCGGCUCUCAGGCCUCCAAGUCUCCAUCUUUAUCCAGCAAACAGCAGCAUCAGCAGAGUGCAGCGUCCAUCCUGGAGUCCCUCUUUCGCUCCUCUGCUCCGGGCAUGUCCACCUUCAGAGUGCUCUACAAUCUUGAGGUGUUGAGCUCCAAACUGAUGCCUACCUCUGAUGAUGAGAUGGCUAAGACCAGUGUGAAGUCUUUCUGUGAAAACUUCCUGAAAGCUGGAGGCCUCAGCCUGGUAGUUAAUGUCAUGCAGAGAGACUCCAUCCCCUCUGAGGUGGACUAUGAGACCAGACAGGGUGUCUACUCCAUCUGCCUGCAGCUCGCCAGGUUCUUGCUGGUAGGACAGACCAUGCCGAGCAUCCUGGACGAGGAGCUGAACAAGGAAGGUCUGGACACUCUGUCCUCACGACCCUUCCGCAAUGCUGGCAGGCAGGGCGGACGACAGCUCUCCCUCUGUGGAACUCCAGAGAAAUCGUCCUACAGGCAGAUGUCCAUGUCUGACCGCUCCUCCAUUAGAGUAGAGGAGAUCAUACCAGCAGCACGGGUUGCCAUUCAGACAAUGGAGGUGGGGGACUUCACUUCCACGGUGGCGUGCUUCAUGCGGCUCACCUGGGCUGCUGCUGCUGGUCGAUUGGACCUUGUAGGAAGCAGUCAGCCAAUCCGAGAGAGCACUAAUUCACUACUGCCUCUGGGGGUCCGCAGCAGGGUCAGCAGCACAGGCAGUAACUGCAGCUCCAGCAGUGAGGGGGAGGCCACCACUCUACAGGCUGGUAUCUGUGUCAAACAGCAGUGUGUGUCCAUUAAAGACACCAUCAUCGCCCGGGAAGCGCUCUCUCUGCUGGUCACCUGUCUGCAGCUCCGCUGCCAGCAGCUCUCUUCUUUUUAUAAUCUGCCCUGUGUGACGGAUUUUAUCAUCGAUAUCCUGCUGGGAUCUUCCAGUGCAGAGAUCCGGCGGGUGGCCUGUGAUCAGCUGUACACUCUGAGUCAGACCGAUACGUCAGCGCACUCAGACCUGCAAAAGCCCAACCUGUUCCUUCUGAAGGUGGUGCUGACUGCUCAGCUCCCACUGUGGUCUCCCACCAGCCUUAUGAGGGGCAUCAACCAAAGGUUGCUUUCUCAGUGCACUGAGUAUUUUGACCUGCGAUGCCAACUCCUGGAUGACCUGACCAGCACGGAGAUGGAGCAGCUGCAGAUCAGUCCAGCAGUGAUGCUAGAGGAUGAGAUCAGUUGGCUGGAUAACUUUGAGCCGACGUGGACUAGUGAGCUGGAGACCAGCGAAGCUGACAACAUACUGCAGGCCGGCCAUCUGCGCCUUAUUAAAACCCUGCUCUCACUUUGUGGCAAUGAGAAGGAGCAGUUUGGCCCUUCACUUAUACAGCAGCUACUGGACGACUUCCUGUUUCGAGCAUCACGCAUCAUCCUGAACAGCAACAACCCUACCAGCACUACAGCUCCUCUUCACGAUUUCCACCCAAAGUGCAGUACAGAGAGCAGUCGGUUAGCAGCGUAUGAGGUGCUGGUGAUGCUGGCUGAUAGCUCUCUGACCAAUCUGCAGCUUAUCACCAGGGAACUGCUGUCCAUGCACCACCAGGCUGAUCCCUCCCUCACUAAGGAAUUUGAUUAUCUCCCCCCGGUGGACAGCCGCUCAGUGUCAGGAUUUGUGGGACUGAAGAAUGGAGGAGCGACCUGCUACAUGAAUGCAGUUUUCCAGCAGCUCUAUAUGCAGCCUGGCUUACCUGAGUCCAUCCUGUCCAUUGAAGAUGAUGCAGAGAACCCAGAGGAGAGUGUGUUCUGUCAGGUGCAGUCUCUAUUCGGCCACUUGAUGGAGAGUAAGCUGCAGUACUAUGUACCUGAGAACUUCUGGAAGAUCUUUAAGAUGUGGAAUAAGGAGCUCUAUGUGCGAGAGCAGCAGGACGCCUAUGAGUUUUUCACCAGUCUGGUUGACCAGCUAGACGAGCAUCUAAAGAAAAUUGGAAGAGAGCAGCUCUUCAAGAACACAUUCCAGGGCAUUUUCUCUGACCAGAAGAUAUGCAAAGACUGUCCACACAGGUAUGAGCGUGAAGAAACCUUCAUGGCACUAAACUUAGGAGUAACGUCAUGUCAGAGUCUGGAGAUCUCUCUGGAUCAGUUUGUCCGAGGGGAGGUGCUAGAGGGCAGCAAUGCUUACUACUGUGAAAAAUGCAAAGAGAAGAGGACCACAGUGAAGCGCACCUGUAUUAAAUCAUUGCCCAGUGUGUUGGUAAUCCAUCUAAUGCGCUUUGGCUUUGACUGGGAGAGUGGCCGGUCCAUCAAGUAUGAUGAACAGAUCAGGUUUCCUUGGGUGCUGAACAUGGAGCCAUACACAGUGUCUGGCAUGGCUCGGCAGGACUCCAGCGCUGACCACGGUGAGAAUGGCAGGGGUGGAGAGGCUGGACCUGGAGGAUCUCCUCGCAAGAAAGUCACCAUCUCUGAAAACUAUGAGCUGGUAGGGGUGGUGGUGCACAGUGGGCAGGCUCACGCAGGACACUAUUACUCUUUCAUCAAAGACCGCAGGGGGAGCUCGCGAGGCCGGUGGUAUAAGUUUAACGAUAACGUGGUGGAGGAGUUUGACAUGAAUGACGAGACUCUGGAGUACGAGUGCUUUGGAGGAGAGUACAGACCCAAAGUUUAUGAUCAGUCGAACCCCUAUCCAGAUGUGCGGAGACGCUACUGGAAUGCCUACAUGCUCUUCUACCAGCGUAUCAGUGACCAGAACUCCCCCGUGCUGCCCAAAAAGAGCCGCGUCAGCGUCAUGAGGCAGGAAGCUGAGGACCUGUCUCUGUCAGCCCCUUCAUCUCCUGAGAUCUCUCCCCAGUCGUCUCCACGACCCCCCAGAGCUAACAACGAUCGGCUCACGCUGCUCACUCGCCUGGUCAGGAAAGGAGAGAAGAAGGGUUUGUUUGUGGAGAAGAUGCCUGCCAGGAUCUACCAGAUGGUGAGAGAUGAGAACCUGAAGUUCAUGAAGAACAGAGACGUGUACAAUAGUGAUUACUUUAACUUCACUCUGUCUCUGGCCUCCGUCAAUGCGACGAAGCUGAAGCACCCAUCUUAUCAGGCCAUGGCGAAGACCAGCCUGCAGCUGGCCGUGCAGUUCCUCUUUCACACCUACCUGCGCACCAAGAAGAAGCUCAGGGUGGACACAGAGGAGUGGAUAGCUACAGUAGAGAUGCUGUUGUCUAAGAGCAGUGAGGCAUGUCAGUGGAUGGUCCAGUACCUGGUGGCCACAGAGGGCCGGGAGAUCAUCAAGAACUGUCUGCUGGAGUGCAGUGUUCGAGAAGUGCGUGUGGUGGUGGCUUCCAUUCUGGAGAAGACUCUGGAGAGUGCACUGUAUUUCCAGGACUCAGGGCUGGACUGCCUCCUGGACAUGCUGCUCUCGCUGCUGGACAAGGAUGUUCCAGAAAACUGCAAGAAUUGCUCACAGUACUUCAGCCUUUUCAGCAACUUUGCCCAGAGGGGAUUUGGGCCAUGUCAGCUGUUAUUGAAACAUGCUGCUUGUCAACGGAUGCUCAUCUUUCUUUUGGGUCCGAACCGGCAGAAUAAUCAGAACCGCCGGUGGAGUUCAGCUCAGGCACGGGAGUUCCUGCAUCUGCAUAACACACUGGCUCUGGUGGUGUUACACACAGACCUCACAUCUCAGAGGACAGAGUCUCCUGGCACAUUCAAACACAGCUCCUCUGGAAUUGUGGCUCCAUCCUCACCCCUCUUGGCAUUACACCCAGAUGUAAACACGCUGCUCUUCAAACCUGAUGGACAACCUUACCUUAUUGAGGUAAUGCUGGCCAUGCGCGAGUUGUCUGGGCCGCUGUCCUUCCUCAUUGAGAUGGUGACAUACUGCUGCUUCUGUAACGAACCUUUCUCUCUGGAAGUGCUGCAUCUACUCAAGAAUCAACUGGAGACGGCUCCUCCUCAUGAGCUCAAGAACGUCUUCCAAAUGCUUCUAGAGAUCCUGAUGGUGGAGGAUCCGCUACAGUCCCAAAGACUGAAAUAUGCAUUUGAGUCAGAUAAGGGGCUUCUAGCUUUGAUGCAUCAGAGCAACAAUGUGGACAGCAGCCGCUGCUACCAGUGUGUCAAGUUUCUGGUCACUCUUGCUCAGAAGUGUGGUCCUGCUAAAGACUACUUCAAGGAACUCUCAGGCCACUGGAGCUGGGCAGUGCAGUGGCUACAGAAAAAGAUGUCAGAGCAUUACUGGACACCUCAAAGUAACGUGUCCAACGAGACGUCCACAGCAAAGACCUUUCAGCGAACCAUCUCCGCACAGGACACGCUGGCCUAUGCUACAGCUCUACUGAAUGAGAAGGAGCAGUCUGGCAGUAGUAAUGGCUCUGACGGCAGCCCAGCUAAUGAGAACUCUGAUCGCAGCCUCAGACAGGGCUCAGAGUCGCCUAUGAUGCUGGGCGACUCUAAGAGCGAUUUAGAGGAUGUUGACCCCUAACUCUUAUCUCAUCAAGAGCCGGGGCACUUUUUUACACUAGCAAAAAAAAUCCCUCCAAUGGAGAGACAUUGUGGCUCCAAGCAGCCAAUCAAAAGACUGCAUUUGCCCUCCUUUGGGCAGGAAAUGGAUUGCCGGGGGAACAAGAGGCAGCAACCCAUCCAAUCAAAACACUGUCUUCAGGUUUGCCCUGGUGUGACUGAGUUCUCACACUGCAAGUGGAGCUCAGUAGAACAUGGAGGAGAUUUUUUUUUUCUUUUCAUUUUAUUAAAGAGUUUUCACACAGAACUACAAGAUUCAGUGGUGCAGAGGGAGGGGUGGAAGUUUUAAAACAAACAAAGGAAAAGAAGAAAAACUUAGGAAAAAAAAAAUGAAUUGCUGUUUUGUGGAUAUUUGCCAAUAUAAUGAGAGAUACUAUUGAUGAAAUCUGUGUUCCAUAGGUGUAAUUUCAAAUGUAAAAUAAUAUUUUUAAGAAUCCCCCCUCCUUUCCAUCUGUUUGAGUGGUGCCUCAUAAUCAACUCUUAAAGGUGAACUUGCCAGCCUCGGCUAGUUAAAUAACGACUGAGCCUUUUUUUUUCCAUCUCUCUCUCUCUCUCUCUCUCUCUCUCUCUCUCUCUCUCUCUCUCUCUCUCUCUUGCUGGUUUCUCUUUUUUUAAAUGCACUUUAUGUAUGAGUUCAGUUGGAGGAGGCGGGUGACGUUUGACAAGUUCCUCAUUUAGAGGUGAUUGAAUGGCCAUAUCCCUUGCUGCUUUGCUUUCUUUUCGUGUUCUUUCUUUUCGUUUCGACGCAGCCUAGGAAGAGGGCGUGAAAUGGGAUUGUAUUGCGGGAUGCUUUUCCUCAGAUCGCUGCCUUUUUCUUCAGUCUCACCACAGCCAUGGUAACCGCUGUGGUGUCCAUGGCAAUUGAGACGGACCCCCGCGGUGUCGGCUCUACUGUAGGAUUUCUUGGACUUCAGAUAUGCAAAGAGAGCGUUGUGGUCACUUACAGUCCCACAGUUGAUUUUUUUUCCCCCUUUUGUUUAAUUUUUUUUUUAAACAAUAGUCCUAUUUCUGAAAAAAAAAAAAAUCACCACAGAGAGACAGAUGAUGGGUUAUCUCUCUGCUCAUCACUCGCAUCGCUCCACGACAAGUGCCAGAAGCAGGCAGCUGACCUCUUAUGGUCGAGGUGGAGCCUUUGUUUCAUUAUUUUCUGAUGUUCUCAUAUUGUUCUCUUUUUGUUGUGACUUUGUCUCAGGCCUGCUGUUAAGUCUCGUAUGGAUGCCAACACAAAUGAACACACACACACACACACAAUCAAACACACAUGCUGUUUCUCACUCCUGGUUCUCUCUUGGCUCUGUUUUGUCAUACCUAUGGCUGUGGAGUUGGAGCAGCUGUUUCCUCAGCAUGCAGUCUGACUGUUCUAGCUUAGAACUUACUUACAAACACACACACACACACAUUCAAACUACAUCCCAUCUACAGAUCUCUCAGAUUAUUGCUGGAUCAACACACAUACUUGUCUAUAAAGCUUUAUAGGACAAGAGCUGGUGGUCAUAUCACACAAUCAACCUCACGCGUGACGCUUUUGAGCUUUAACUUUUGAUCUUUGUUCAGGGUUUUUACUUUGCCAACAGCCGUUUUACGAUUAUUUGCUUAUGUACGUUUUUACUUCUGUCACUUCUGUCUGCCUUACAGCACACACACACACGUGCGCAAACAUGGUGGAAAGGAUGGGGAAGGAGGAGUGGGGGUUGAGGGGGAUGGAGGGAGAGAAGACUGAGCAAGUGAGCAAGAAGUGGAGAAGAGUGCAGCGGUGACACAGUUCAGUUUGUGGAGCUCACAAGUGCCUUUACCCCAGUCCUCCUUCACAGAUCUUUCAGUUUCCCUCUGUUACAGUUUUCAAAUACACAACGACACUGCUGUGCUCAUCGUUGAGUGCCAAAAAAAAAAUGAGGAAAGGAGUUCUCUGCAGGUGCCAAGGUCGCUGUGGCACUGGUUUGACCCCUGGCCACUCUCGGCCGAUCCGCUUAGAGGCUCCUCGGGCCCUUUCUGUCGCUUUCUGGGCCAGAGUGGAAUCAGAAGCUCAUCAAGAGCAGAGUCAGGGUAUAGAGUCUGCUGCUUAUUUUGUACUUAGACUAGACCAGAUUAGACUAGACUAGACUUAGAGCGCUUAGCUACAUCCACACGAUGUUUACAAACGGACCUAUCUCAGUAGUGCACCGUGUGACGUUGUUUGCUUUCCGGAAAAGGAACGUUGCAUGAAAACGUUGUCCUUCAGUUGGCAACACACCACUUCUCUUUGGUUGGUGUUCUCUUUCUUUGUUUUGUUUCUUUUUGAUUUCGUUAUUCUUUUUUUUGUUGUUGUUGGUUCCUCAGCUGUUCUAAAGCCUAAAAAGGAGGGAUAAGGAUGGCCUUGUGGAAGUUCUUAAACCAUAUGGAAGGUAAUACAGUUGUUUACCUCAAACUCAUCACCUGCUGUUCACCUGUCCGCACCCGUGUGUCAUGGUUCCUGUGCUUCUUCGCUUAUGCAUGCAUGUCCGUGAAUGUAAGUUGAAGUGAAAGCUUGACCUCAAUGUCCUUCAGUCAAGUUUGUGAGUUUGUGGGUCACUUAAAUUGAGUGCAAAGCAAACCAAGGGUUUUGUGUGCCCAAAAAAACAAAAAAAUCAAUCAACUGAUCUAUAGCUCUCUGCUAUAGUCCACAUAUAAACAUGUAGUUUAUUAAAAGCUCGUGGACAGGUCAGUGAAGCUUUAGUUCUUUAGGAUAAUCAGAUGCUGAAGAAAACUACAUGUUGCUGUUUUGCAGCCUCCCACAAGUCUCACAAGGAGUUUAGAUCCAGUGUGUCCAGUACAGACGUGUUUAGGAGGGUACAGUUCACCAGACCAGUGCCUUGACCCAAGGCUGACCUCUCAUAGAGACACUUUCACUCUCGAGCCUCAAGACGACCUCCUUUAUCAGUUUGCCACAUGUUGUAGGAAAGUGCUUGCAACAGUUCUGUGUUCAGGCGUCACACCCAAGAACUUUUUUUUUUUUUUUUCCUCCCCCCUUCUUGGCCAAGCUGAACAAGUAGCUGAACUCUUGAUGCAGUGUGAACAUCUUUAAGUAGGUAGGCACACCGAAUGCUUUUAAUUUCGCCUCCAUUCUUUUUCCAUCCCUCUCGCAACUGUCGGUUCCCCUCUUUGCAGCAUUUUUAACUGGCGGGUAUUUGGCCGGGGCUGGAGACACUCAAAGGGUUUUAUUAUUUACUGAUUCUGUGCUGCACUUCUCCUGAAUUGUCAGAAUUGGGGGGGGGGGAUGCAUGUUAAAGCCACAUUUUAAUUUGUACAUCAGAGUUUGAUUAUGGGAACUAUUUGAUAUAAAUAAUGAUGAAAAAAUGAAUAAAACUGGAAUGCACAACCUUUUACAAA